AGAUGAAUUACUUCAAGAUCCCUUUGAUUAAGUUUGGAACAACUAUCAAUCACAUUAGCCUAUAGUAGAUUGUGGAAUCUCCACAAAAAAGCGCUUAAAUAUAAUUAGAAGAUUCGUCAUUCAACAUUUACUCUUGUAAUUUCCCGGAACUUUGUAGGAACAUACUAAUUAAUAAGAACCUGAUUUUGUUAAUUCAAUACGAAGAGUUAAUCGAAUUCGAUGAAAAAUUAUAGAAUAUAUUCAAUUUAAUACAAUUUGCUUAGUAAGCAUUAUCAAUAAUUUAGAGUCAAGAAAGUCUUGUGUUUCAUUGUCUUGGCAGAACCAAUUAAGAAAUGCCAAUGGAAAAUGGAUAUUGUCAAAAAGUAUAUUGACAUAAGCGUCUAAAACUUUAAGUUUUCUAAUUAUACCUAGCCAAACUACAAUUUACAGUCUAUUCAUUCUUAACAAAGCAUUUUUAAUUCACUACACUUUUUCUAAACUACCCCCAAAGAACCAGAUUUUAAUAAAACUAACGAUACAUUAAUGUAAAUUAUCUCUCGAAACAAAAACGAAUUAGAAGUUGCUCUAAUCUAAGGAAUUGCAAUUGUAUCUGAUUUUUGCUACCUUGAGAAUUAAACUGCAAAUAAUAAACCAAUCUAAUUAAUUGAAAUUGAAGGCAAAUAAAAUUAUAUCAAUUCCAAUGAAGAUCAGCAAGUCUUUCGAAUCAAAAUCAAUGAUGAUUCAGAGUUGAAAGAGCAAUGCUUCCUCUCAAAUACUAUAUUUUCUGUUAACAAAUACAAUCCCCAGAUUUUAUUCAACCCUCAAUUUGAUUCAAUUGAAAAACGAUACGAAUUCUAUUAAAAUUAUCGAAAAACUUCAAAUUGGUCUGUUAUUAUUGGUGGCGAGCAAUGUAUAUUUUACAGAAAUAUCUUUAGAUGACAUAAAAAACAUAGAGUUUACUGCAUUGAAUGAUAAUACCUUAAAGUUAACUUUAUCAAGCUCAAAAUUUAUUUGUACUUAAAAGUUUUCAACAAACGAGGGUUUCAAAAUCAAUAGUUAAAUUCUGUAAGUAACUUUAUAUUAACUCUAGAAUAAUUAAUAAAACUACGGAAGAGAUUAUUGUCUUUGGGCUAAUUGAAUCGAAUAACUUUGAAAUCAAGCUCAAUUAAAAUAAAAACCCUAAACAAGAAUUACAAUUGAUGGAGUAGUUCCAUAUUCCAAUCAAUGACGAAGACAUAAUUUAAAAUAUAGCUAGAGGAGAGCUGCUACAAAAAGGAAACCAUAUUGUCAAAUGUAGAAUAUGUUUGGAAAAAUGUUCUGAUACUUUGUUGAUUCCAUGUGGUCACUUCCGUUAUUGCUAUGAUUGCUAGGCUGAGAUUUAAGAAUGUCUAUAUUGCGAAACAAAAAUUUAAACAAGAAAGAAGCUUCAAAUCAAGUUUAUAGAUCAAAAUAAAAAUGAUUUAUUAAAGGAUUUAAUGUGGAAGCAUUAGGAUUUAUUGAAAUGUUCAUUUUAGUAAAAUUUGAAUAUUGAGCAAAAUCUAAAAAUUAAUGCAAUGUAAAAUGAAAUCAAUUUCUCUUAAUAUUAUUGUUAAAAGUGCAAUAAAUCAAAGGGAACUGAAUUUGCCUAUUGCAAUAAAAGUCAUUUAAUUUUAUAUUGUUUAGAAUGCUCAAAAUAAACAAUAAAAUGUGAAUAUAUGAAUUGUAAUGAAAAUAUCAUUUAAGCAGGACAAAUAAAAUUUAGAUUUGAUGAGUGA